AGUGAUUAAAUAAGGGGAUGUCCUUGUUUUCUCUUGCCAGGGAACUUGAAAAGAAGAGGCUGUCAUGAUGCCUGAGACUGGCGGCGCAUCGGGUGCACCCAAGAAGGGCCUGACGCUCGAUGACCUCAUCGCGACCAUCGACCGGCAUGAAAGGAAUCCAAGCAAUAUCCCCAAGGUCAAUACCUUCCAUUUUUGUGGGGAAAGAGUCUCAGAAUGGUUGGAGCGGGUGGAACAAGCUCUGGUCGGGCGGUCGGACGUUGUAAAGUUCCAACGCAUCCUUCAGUAUGUCCUCCACAGCUACCAUCUAGAAGUGAAGAAAGUUAUAGAUGCAGCCCAAGGUAGCUGGGAAAGAUUCAAAGAGGGAAUGCAAAGGAAGUACCACCUGGGAGAUGGACUAUUGACCACUGCAGACCUUGAGGCAAUGAACAAGGAGGCUUUUACGACGAUAGGGGCUUUCGUCCAAGAGUUCAAGAAGAGGGCGCGGAAGGUGGAACAACGUCAGGUACGCCUGCAAAGGGAGAAGAGAAAGGAGAGAGAUGCGACCGCUUCUGAGAUCCCGGGAGUAAAGAGGAUUGUUACUGACGUAUUGGCGCAGCUGGGGUACGCGACAGAGCCGGUGGUGCAAAGAAGGGUAGUAACGGUUGUCCAGGUAAAAGGAAAAAAGUCAGUGGUGGAGGAGGCCGUUGAGGAGGAACUCUGGGAAGAGGAAGAGCCAGUGCCGCUGCACCUAACGAAGGCCCAGCGCAAACUGCGUAAUCUGGCGCAGGGCGGGCAGGGAUCAGGAAAGGGGCAGGCGCCCCAGGCCCAGGCGGCGGCACCUCCAAAUGUAGCAGCUCCAUCGUCUAAGAGGAACUACUCUCAGUUCAAGAGGGAGACCCUUGCCGUCCUCCAUUGUCUGCGAAUCUUCCGAAACUAUAUCUUCAGCAGGAGGUUUAUUUUGAGAGUGGAUCUGACUGCCUUGGCCCACUCUCUAAGGAAUUACGUUCGAUCGGAUCCGACGGUUGCCAGAUGGCUGACGUACAUCUGGAUGUUCAAUUUUGAGUUGGAACGGAUUCUUGGUAGCAAGAACCGGGCGGACGGGCUGAGUCGUAUCAACUGGGAUAACCAGGAAGGAGAGGCUGUGGAGAAUACGCCCCCAGUUGAUGGAUUUCUGGAUCAGGAAGAAGAUGUUCGUCUCCACAUCAACAAGUGGUCGCCGCGAGUACCCAGUUGUGUAGGCUAUCCUAUCUGGCAGGCGCCGAAUGGGUAUGAAAGGAGGGCCGAGCUAGUCCUCAAACCCUUUGAAGAAGAAGAUCCCUGGGGUGGUAAGAAUGUUCAGUGGAUGAUGGAGCUAGCGCUGGCAAGCUCGCAUAGCCUGGUGGAGGAUGUGAGGGCGAUUGAGGAAGGGCCUGGCCAGGUAGAACGGCAUGAGGACCUGAUGGGAGUAAUGUAUCUCCUCGUCAACACGUUAUUGCAGGAAAGCCCCGACCAGUCAGGCUCGUUGAACCCGACAGGGAAUGUGGACGGAGUACUCGAAAGCCAGGACGACGAGUUCGAGGAGGGGGAGAUUAAGGAGGUUUUUCGUGCAGAGGAGUAUGACGGGAUCUACCUAGAGCUGGGGCUUCUUCUGUCAUGUGAAAUACGGCUAAGGGAUGCAAGCGAUGGGGCUCAGAGAAUGCUGCAGCGCUACUUAGUGCGAGACGGCCACCUUUUCGAGGAGGUGCCACGAGAGGAGGUGCCACGAGAGGAGGUGCCACGGGAGGAGGUCCAGGAUACUCAGCGAGAGAUAGGGCCGGGCGAUGAGGGGAGACGUGCAGGGAAGGAAGUGAUAGAGGUUGCAGAGGACACGCCCCCUCAGUCGCCAGCAGUAGGCUUGAGGCUUGGAGAUGCAUAUGGGGGCACGUGCCAGACAGGAGAGGAGUUGCAGAGAGAAGAGGCCCCAUUGCCUUCGUCGGGAAAGGCUCCUUCACCAGAGAGCAGGGCAGAAAGGAGAAGAGAGAGGGCAGCUGUAAGGAGAGAGGCCUUGACUCUGAUUGACAGGCACCUAGCAGCUCAUGCCCUAGAGCACCCAGACCUGCAGGAACCAACACCUGCAGAGCCACGCCAGGAGCCGUGCCAGCCCGAGAAGGAGAUGGAGGCAAAGAUCCCAAAGAGGGUUGACCUCCGCACGAGGGAAAGAGCGCCAGCUGGAGAGACAGCAGAGGAAAAGAGGGCGAGAAGAACCAGGAGGAUAGACGAGAUAUGGCAAGAGAGACAGAGGUUGGAGGCAGCGGGGGAGCUUCCGGAGCAGCAGCAGGAGAGACAGAAAUCGGAGGCAGCAGGAUCACUCCCAGGUCAGCCACCCAGCGCGCCAGCUAGGGCCCCGGAGAUCCCUGUGAUGUGGAGGGACUUUUGGGAGUAGAGAGGAGAGGAGCUUCCUUCGCCAGUCAGAGUC